GUUAAAUAGAUGGAUGUAAUCACGCUAUAGUGUUAGUGAGACUCGAGAUUGAAUGUUUUGGUUAUUCUCUGAUGACCGUUUGAGAUCUCAAGUGUUGUCAAGCUGAUAUAACGCAUUAUUUUGUUACAGUUGCUGUUAACGCAGGCAAAAAUCAGUUUCAGUGGAUUUGACUGGCGCCCCCCUUAGAAAUACAGAAAACUGCAAUAUCCAAACGCGUUUUUAAAAUCCUAUCAGAGAUGUUUCGUUUACAUGUUACAGAUAUCUUGGAUGGUGUCAUUAGAUCCACACUUAUGUCAGUUACCGGUAACCUUUGGCCAGUCACGUGACCAUCAAAAAGUACACAAAUCAGUUUUUUUUGCUGGCUUAAGAAAUGAAGUUUUUAAAUCUUUUCGGACGCUUAAAAUCAAAUGUCAUUGGCAUGAUUCACGUCCGAGCCUUGCCAGGAACCCCCUUGAACCGCGCUACUCUCUCCGAGAUCAUAGAGGAGGCAUGUCGAGAGGCGGACAUUUACCACCACGCAGGACUUGAUGGGCUGAUCAUUGAAAACAUGCAUGAUAUUCCAUACACCCUAGAGGUGGGCCCAGAAGUGUGCGCAUCAAUGACAGCUGUGUGUGCAGCAGUCAGGAGACUUUAUCCAUCUUGGCCGCUCGGUGUUCAGAUUCUCUCAGCUGCAAACCAAUCAGCACUGGCUGUUGCCCUGGCCUCAGGGCUGGAUUUUAUCCGUGCAGAGGGGUUUGUGUUCUCACAUGUUGCAGACGAAGGCCUGUUAAACGCUUGCGCUGGCGAGCUGCUGCGCUACCGCAGACACAUUGGAGCAGAGCACGUUCAGAUCUUUACAGACAUCAAGAAGAAGCACAGUGCUCAUGCCCUGACUUCAGAUGUGAGCAUAGCUGAGACAGCCCAAGCAGCCGAGUUCUUCCUCUCUGAUGGAGUCAUCGUCACAGGAACUGCCACUGGAGCACAGGCUGAUCCACAGGAACUGAGGGAGGUUACCCAGUCUGUACGGAUCCCUGUUCUCAUCGGUUCUGGAGUAACUCAUGAUAACGUGGAGCAAUACCUUCAAGCAAACGCCAUGAUCAUCGGCUCCCAUUUCAAGAAAGGAGGCCACUGGGCAAAUGGUGUGGAUGCUGAGAGAAUCAAUAGGUUCAUGGGGAAGAUGCACACACUUCGGGAGUGACUGUUGCGACUAAAAUUGCAAAAAUAAAUAAAUAAAUAAGAGCAAUUAGAAGACAAAUGUGAAGAUAAAAAAUUUAUUUAUUUUUUUUUUUCACUUUUUAAGUGUUAUCAUAUAUAUAUAUAUAUUCAUGAAGAUAAAAAAGCAACCCCAGGCAUUUAAAUAUACAAAGUCAAAUAAUCACAGUAAAUCACAACAUAUCACUUUGUCAUGUGAGUAACAUUAAGAUACAAUUUCAUUUCAAUACUUGAAAAUUUGCUUUGCCUGGUACAGUACAAUCUUCAACACUUAAUUGUUCUCAAACAAGUUUUUUUGUUGUUUUUUAUAUACAUGCUCCAGUCACAGCUAAGCUAAAAUA